UAUACAUGCAACCAAUACUAUAGUAUUGCAACCCGAAGUUCGAAAGAGUAACAUACAAGAACGGCCAUUGCUGUGUGUCCUUUAUUGUGUCAGAAAAGGGAUAAUUAGAUAAUCUGUUUGAGAUGAAACGUUAUAAAUGGUGUACGCGUAGUACUAAAUUAUUGAAACUGCAAACCUUCGUAUCUAUGAACAUUGAUUGCAUGCAGCUAAUUUUUGAGCAUCUAGAAUGGAAGGACCUAGUAAAUGUUGCCGAGACGUGCAAAUCAUUUAAUGAAGCGGUAUGUGCUGUUUUUAAACGAAAGUACAGCGGACACAACAUAGUGGCAUUAGGAUCACCUGAGAAGAGUACAACACCAUGCAAUUUGAUUGUUAUAUCUCAACCGAUGAUUUUCAAAGUGCUUCGUAAUUUUGGUCAUACAAUAUCAAAUCUACACGUGUACAUGUCUGUCACUAUUUGGCAUGCUGAUCUGUUGCUUUAUGUGAAUGAAUAUUGUUACGAAUCAAUGGAGAAGAUAUUAUUCUAUCGAUGCAAGUUCGAACCAUUGGAAUGGAGAAAACCAUUUAGAAAUGUACAAACGCUCAAAAUGUUUGAGUGCCAAUUUUCCGAUCAACCGGCAACGUUUACCAGCGAUCACUUUCCGAAUUUGAAACAUCUAAAAUUGAAGGAAAAUUCCUAUUACAACUCACAGAUUGUACAGCAUAUGCAACAGCUUUUAAGAUUGUCCUUCACACCGCAAAGACAAAGCCAACUUAAGACUCCAACAAUACCUAAUGAAGAUGAUAUUAUCGAACUGAUAAAGAUUAAUCCACAGGUGGAAGUGUUGCACUUAAGCAUCUUUGAACAUCAUGGACAUGGAAUACUUCAGUGGAUUAGUAAGCAUCUUAAAUCGCUUCGAAAGUUAACUCUAUCUGUCCAAGAUGAAACUGUCUUCCAAAAAAAUCAGGAAUUGCUUGAAUUUGACAAUAUUGAAGACUUUCAUCUGUUGAUCUAUGAAAACGCAGUGCUUUCGACGAACCCAUUCGUUUUUAAAAAACUUAAAUCGUUUACUGCCACCAAUUGGUGCUUUAAUGAAAAAUGCACGAUCGACUUCAUUGACAAAAAUAAUUGCAUAACGUCGUUUGAUAUUAAUUUCGAAUCCAUCAAAAUAGAUGCUCUUGUUGCAAAAAAUAUUCUUCAAAAUGUCGAAGAGUUCAGAUUGAACUACGUCGAAAAUGUUCCACUGAUCCAAAUUCUUGACAUCUCAAAACAAAAUUUCAGAUUAAAGAAAUUCUUGAUUAGCGGAGAUGUUGCGCAAUCAUAUCAAGCCAUAUGCAAUGCAAUUACGACACAUGGAUUUGAAAUUAAAUUAAAAAAAAGCAAACGUGUAAAGGGGUUCCGCUCAGUUGGCAAAAUAUUUAUCAAAGUUCUGGAAUUAUCUGUAAGGAACUCGCAUAAUUUUUUGGUAAAGCAAUCGGUUUUGGAAGUUAUAGAUGAGGGUACUCAAGAUUCGUCUAUACGGUGGUACAGUGACAAAUCAGCUAUUGUAAGGUUCAAGAAAUCUGUUCGUCCACUAAAACUUAGUUCAUAUUUUUUUACGCAGCUAGACUAACAAAAGAUUAAUCUAUUUUAUCUGCCUAGAAAGAUAAUCUCGCUGUUAUCCCAAUAUAUCUGUUCUCGACAAUUAAAAUAGUGUAUGCACCUCUGUCCAAUAGGCUUAUUUUAACAACACGCCUUCGGUUCGGUCCAAAUGGUCAAAAUAAACAUUUUGGACAGAUACGCUAAGUGCAUACGCUAUCAAUCUGCAGCUAUUACACACAAUAUUACAUUACAUAUUCUAAAUAUUACAAAAAAAUUACAUUAGGGGCUCCUCAGCCG